GAACGUAGGAGAUGCCCUUACUGUCCACCCACCUUGAGCCUCCCCGACAGCAGCUAAAUUGUUGUCGGCGUCGGUUGUGGUUAUACACUACGGUCAGAAGCCCGCUUAGAGCAGACAGGAGCCGCACAGAGCUCUCAGCUACACACAUUCAACUGCUACAACUUUUCUCUGCACUUCUUCCAAAUCAAUAGAGCAUCAUGGGGAAAGGCUGCGUGACGGCGAUCAAGUACUUCCUGUUCCUCUUCAACCUCAUUUUCUUUCUUCUUGGGGCCGUCAUCAUGGGCUUUGGAUUGUGGCUCCUCCUGGACAAUCAGAGCUUCAUAGUUGUACUCAAUGACUCCAUAGCUGUCAAGGCUGCGUGCUACAUCCUGAUUGGAGUCGGCACUUUUGCUAUGCUUUUGGGCUUCCUCGGCUGCUUGGGAGCUAUUUAUGAGAUCCGCUGUCUGCUUGGCCUUUACUUCACCUGCCUCUUGUUGAUCCUCAUUGCUGAGAUUGUAGCUGGCGCCCUCAUCUACUUCCAGAAGGGUGUGUUAAAUGAAGAGAUGUCCAAGAUUGUAUCCAAGGUCCUGGACAACUAUCCAGGCAACAACUCGACCACAGAGCAGGCGUGGGACUUCAUUCAACGAAAUAUGGAAUGCUGUGGCUGGAAUGGUCAAAGCGACUGGAACGGAAACAUGGUGAUCAUCAACAGUUCGCAGCUUCUGUUUCCGUGCUCGUGCCGCAACUCCUCCCUCGCGACCGGAAACGUCUCCGAGAGCGGAUUCUGCGAAGCUCAGACACCCGACUGGCCCGUAUACGACACGGGUUGCGCUGUCAGCGUAGAGAGCUGGCUCCUCACCAACAUCGGGGUUGUCCUGGGAAUCUGUAUUGCAAUCGCUUUUAUUGAGCUGCUGGGGAUGAUUCUGGCCAUCUGCUUGUGCAAGAAUAUUCACAGGGAGGACUACACCAAAGUGCCAAAGUACUAAAGUUCACCACACUGAGUUUGGCUUGAACUGGAGCUAAUAAGGCAUUUAUCCAGUCAAUUUUCGGUUGAAAUGUUUUGUCAAAAUGUAAACUUAUGUGUUUAGCUUUACAUUUAGUUGAAUCCCUCUUAGGAGGUAUGUUUUUCUCAGACCGGUCUUGCUUGAAGCACUUUAGAAAAGUUUUGCUUUUAAACUUUUGAUCCGAGAAGUGAUGUUGCAAAUGUUUUGACUGGUUUCGAGGAACCUGCGGGAGUUGAAAAAAAAAGAAAAAAAAAAAAGAAUUACAAAGAUGUGUGGUCAGCUGCUGGUCCCGUGAUCGGUAUGGCAUUCUUAAAGUUUGGUUUUUACUUUUUAAGUUUCAUUUUUGAGAUUCUGCAGCCGAUUUACGCAGCUGUCAAAUCCUUCAAAUGUCAUGUUUUUUUUUUUAAUAUACCAGCAUUGUGUAUGAUUACUUUGUAUAUAAUUUAAUUUAGUAUUUCUUUGAGCUUGACCCUAAAGUACUUCCGCGUUUAUCAAUGCAAGCUGGUUGCUCAUUGUACUUUGAAAAUGUUCAUUCUCUUAUUUUGAAACUUAUUGGCUGCAACAGAAGUAAUGUGAUACUGAAGAAAAACAUUAAGUGAUUUCUAAUGAGGAUGAGCAGGAACAUACACAGACUUGUUUACUUUAAACUUGCCAUGAGCAAAGUGGGUAGAAUUGAUUUACAUUUUUUUUCCUACAGAUUUUGAAAUUGUUUUAUACUGCAAUUUAUUUGUACCGGUAAUCCAAUUUUAACUUUUCACCCGAGAACAUGUGGUAUUUUUGGUUUGUAUCAAUUUCUCAUCCACUAUGUACAGUGAGUAGAAAAACACCCCACAUUAACUCUCUAAUGGUGUUCUUAAAGCUAUGUCUUUUCUUUUUUUUUUUUUUUUUUGUAACAAUGUAGACGGGUCUGGUAUGAAGAAUUUUGGACUCACAACAUUCAUUCAAUUCUGUUUCUUUUGCCAAUAACGUUAUUGUCAUUGGAUGAAGUCGAAAUGCCGGGUACUUUUUGUAUGUCCGACGUAACCUAAUACUUCUGCGACUUCACACACCGCCAUGUUGGUGCAUCGUUUUCAAAGCGCAUUGGGUUUUUUUUUUUCCUUUCUUAUUGAGUGCUUGAAUAAAGAAUACUCCUCAUCUCAA